GUGUGUCAUCAAGAAUAAUACCUUUAAUAAAUUACCAUCCAAUUUUAGCCUGUUUAAAAGAACAACAAUAAUAUUUUAAACAUAUUGAUUUAAUAAAAGCAAAAGUUUUCAUUUUACUCAAAUCACUAUUUGUGUAUAUACUCGUGUUGGAAUCUGUAUGUACCCUGCCAAUCUUCCGCACGUCUCAUUGGAAACAGUGGUGUGAUGCGACCUCUUCGCAGCAUUUAAACUUAGGAAAAGUUAGUGCACUUAAAAUGUAUUUAAUACUUUAUUUAUAUCGGAUUAUUUUUGAAAAAAUCAAACUAUGAGCUCAUCGAGUAGUCCACCGAUUGGGAUUUUGAGCGGCGGGCAAGCGGAGUUAAGAAUAAAAGAAAGUAAACAGAAGACCGUUUUUCCACCGGUAUCAUUAGCAUGCUAGCCAACUAGUUUCAAGUGUAAAUUCGACUGCCAGAAUUCAGCUGACCGGGUCGUUAGCAUUGCUAAUGCAUAUCAAUAGCCCCGUGAUGGUUUGUUUAUCGAAGUUUGAUUGUGUUAACUUAACAAAUUGACCGAAAUCAUUACAACGUAACAACUAAUCGGAAAUAGCAGAUAUAUUUAAAAGCUGGCGGCUAAAGGUAGUUUAUUGUUCGCUUACCGGCUAAUUAGGGGUGCAGAUGUGUUCCUGUGAGAAAGUGGAUUUUAACAUCACCCCACGCAACGUCACGCGUCUGGUGUAUGAGGCCGAACAGGAGAAAAAUAAUGGGGGCAAUUCGUCCAAUGGCAGUACGGCCAGUAACUCUCCACGCAGCACUCCUGGCAGCUCACCCUCAUUGCGCCGGCGCAUGCUGGGAGGCAGAGCCAGCGAAGGGGACGUGGGCGGAGACCGAGGUGGCGGAGGGGGUUCAGAUAGCCCACUACCUCCUACACCAUCCUCAUCCACAUCAUCUUAUCCACUCGCAGCACGCCACUUCACACGCAAUUCCAAGAAAAUGCAGAGCUGGUAUAAUGUCCUCAGCCCCACAUACAAACAGAGGAACGAAGACUUCCGCAAACUCUUUAAAAAGCUGCCCGAUACGGAGCGUCUCAUAGUGGAUUAUUCAUGUGCACUGCAGAAGGAUAUAUUGCUGCAGGGUCGUCUGUACUUGUCUGAGAACUGGCUCUGCUUCUACAGUAAUAUCUUCCGCUGGGAGACUACGAUAACCAUACUGCUGAAAGAUGUGACAAGUCUUACCAAGGAGAAGACGGCAAAGCUCAUCCCAAACGCCAUCCAGAUUAGCACUGAACACGAAAAGCACUUUUUCACAUCAUUUGGGGCCAGAGAUCGGAGCUACAUGAUGAUCUUCAGAUUGUGGCAGAACGCUUUGAUGGACAAGACUUUGUCUCCCAAGGAGCUGUGGCACAUCGUUCACCAGUGUUAUGGCACUGAACUGGGCCUAACCAGUGAAGAUGACGACUACGUCUCCCCUACUGCUGAACAUAUGAACGGCCUGCUGCCGAGUGAGGAUUCGGUCUCCGUCACUGACCUGCUGGAUCUGGGUUCAGUGCCGGGAGUUCUCGCAGGCUCCUCUCCCCCCUCAUGUGCCUCCAUACCUCCCUGCGCUUCAGGAUCUUCACCCCCAUCCUCCUCUUCCUCGUCUAGCCAGCCCGUGGAGUCUCCAUCUGCCCGGGUCAGCAUCGAACCUGAGCCCAGUCCACCCAAUUCUCAAAGCUCACUGCCCCCCAUCACGCACUCCUCACCGUCUGGCCCAUCACCACCCUCAGCCGUAUUUGAGGAGAACGGAGACAGCCAGUCAGAAUCGACCAGUCAAGCACUUCAGACCCCUCCUGUUAUUCCACACACCCUGGGAAACCUGUCCUCACUGGAUAUGACCAACGAUGAGGAUCUCCCGACAGACAUGAGCAAUUCAUCUGACACCCAGGAGGAAAGUGAGUGUGAGGUGGAGUCCUUCUGUGCUGACCUCAACGGUCGAUUGCACAUCAACACAGUUGUUCGGAUGAACGUGGACAAGCUCCAUGAUCUUCUCUUCUCAGACACUCACUUUAUUCAGCACCUCUUCUCUCAGCGCCACUUCACCGAUCUCUCUGUGCACGGGUGGCAGCACGACAGCAGCACUGCGUGCAGCAGUAGAGUUUUGAGUUACACCAUCGCCAUCAACAACCCACUGGGACCCAAAACUGCUCCUGUGGUGGAAACACAGACUCUUCACAAGAGCAGCACACGAGGGGAGUGUUACGUGGUGGACUCGGAGGUCAUAACCUCAGGCAUCCCCUACCAGGAUUAUUUCUACACUGUACACAGAUACUGCCUCACCUCCAUCAACAAGCACAAGAGCCGGCUCAGGGUCUCGUCCGAUAUCUGCUACAGGAAGCAGCCGUGGAGUCUCGUGAAGGCUCUGAUCGAGAAAAACACUUGGAGCGGUAUAGAAGAGUAUUACAGGCACAUGGAGAUGGAGGUGUGUAAAUUGGAGACGCUGUUGCAGACGGAGGUUUCCGUGAUUAGCACGGGGGACGUGGCUUCCGCAGGCUCUACCAAGACGCCUCCUGGCUUGCGCAGACGCAAACGCAAUCCCCGCCGUGCAGGAGAUCGAGAGCGGGAGGGAGCAGAUGAUGGCGAGCGAGGCGAUAGAGGAAUCGUAGAUGAGCGAGAAAGAAGAGAAGCCAGUGCCCAGUACGGCAAGAUGGGAGAAAGGUGGCGUGGAACCAACAACAACAACAGCAUCUCCACCAUACUGCUCAUCAUGAGCUUCAUUUUGGUGGUUCUGGUGGCGUUGAACAUGAUGUUGUUUUACAAACUCUGGGCACUGGAGCGGGCCGCACACACGCUGGAGACCUGGCACUCGUACUCUUUAACCGACAGCCCUCUGCCUCAGUCGGCAGGAGAGUGGGCGCAGGUCCUUCAGCUCCAGAGGCAGUUUCACCAGGCUCAGAUGAAUAAAUGGCAGCAGAUUUUACAGUCUUCGGUCACACUUCUAGAUCAGAUGAAACAGUCCUUGGAGAAGCUCCACAGAGGAAUGAUCACCCCAGAGGUGCAGGACGAGUCCGAUUCUGCACCGGAUACACUGACGGAUCAAUGAAGGGAUCCUCGCACGCCAUCCAGAACCCCCUUAUUAACUCUCUGACCUGCGACUUGACACCUGUGGUGUCCAGGAUGGGACAAAUCAUGAAAGGGAAAUGGUGGUUUCUUCUGUUAAUGCUGUGGACUUUCUCCUGGAUGUACAGCAAACAUUACUUCUAUCAUUACUGUACGGGUCUGAAGCAAUAACGCAAACGUAUGGGAUCAAGCCUAUUCCACGUUUGGGGAACAUCUGACUACUCUGCAUCAUGAGGUCCAAACUUUGUGUUCACGGGAGAUAUCCCUUCAUAUGAGAGGGAAGGUGCUUCGAUAUCCACAUCUCUCUGGCUCAUAUUUGGAGGUGACUCGUACCUCCAAUCUACUCCUCUACGAAACUAGACAUUUCAUUUUAGAGGAAACGUUGUUUUUCAUGGAAGAGACACUCCUUUUUAUUCAAUACCUCUUCCAGUUUGUUUUUCCUAGCUGUUACUGACACUCGUCCAUUACUAAGUAAGAAAGCGUGUCCGACCAUUACAGUAUUUAUUUGAUAGACUUGAAUUGCGGUCUGAUUUCCACGGACCAUUGUGCGUUUCUGCUCGUGCUGUAUUUUGAACACGGACCAAUGUACAGACGGGUAAACUGGGAGGGGGGUAUGAAUACGAAUUCCUAUAUUAGCAAUAAUCAAGUUGAGAAAAUUGUAAUAACAAAUAGUAGUUCAUCUAUGAAAAUGUAAAACAUGCAACUGUUACUGAGCGUCAGAGAGAAUUGUUUUUAUGUGUUAAUUUAACCAUUGUUGCUCCCUAAAUUUUAAAGUCUUUUUAAUUAUUUAAUCUAUGACUUAAAGAAAUAUUCCCCCUUAAAAUGAAAAUUAGACUAUAUGUUAUGAAUUUCUUCUUUCAGACAAACACCGUUGGAGGUUUAUCAAACAUCCUGGCACUAUUCCUCAUUCCUAAAAAUAAGUGGAGCCGUUUCACACGAUUAUGGUGUCAGGAAACUCACUGAGUUUUAUUGUAACAAGACUUGAACUGUUCAGAGUUACUGUAAGCUCGACCAGCUAAAGCGCACACAGAUUUUAGUACAUCGGUCUUGGAGCUGAAUGUUUAGGACCAAGUUAAACUCAAGGCCAGAGGGAACUAGAGCAAGAAUUAUGAUGUACAUUUUGCUCAACACUGUAGACGGACGAAUCUCACAAAUCAUUUUUCACUUUCAAAUCAAGAAGAGCUUUUGUUUUUUGCACAAAGAGAAUGGCAGAUUAAUAUAUUGUUGCAUUGUGACAAUUUUAUGAUACGUUUUCAUAACACAUUUAAUUAUUUUCAUUAUUAUAAAGAUGUUAUCAAGUUUGUAAUAUUAUUCUUAUCAAUGAUACAGAAAUAAAGCCAUGCAGCCAGUCAAGACACUUUUUUUUACAAAAUAUUUCCAAAAGGCACUUUUGUGCAAUUUAUAUUAUGUAAAUAAAUAUUAGUCAUCAUAAUUAUUUCUCAGGAUUUUUACAUUUUUUGGCCAUUAAAAUUUAAGGGAAAUUGAUUUUCCCUUGGAUUGGAUUGCUUGGAUGUCAUCAGAAUGUCACAAUGCAUCAUACAGACAUCGCUUAAAGCGAUAGUUCACCCAAAAAUGUAAAAACGGUAAUCAUUUACUCACCCUCAAAUUGUUUCGAACCUUCUUUGUUUUGCUAAACACAAAGGAAGAUAUUAUGAAUCAAGUACAAAACAGGAACACCAUUGACCUUCAUAAAAGGAAAGAAAAAUACUAUGGAAGUCAAUGGAUGCACUUCUUUUUGCAAAAUAAUGUUUUUUUUUACGUUAAGGUGAAAUAUGAAUCUGAUUUGUAAGAUUCGUCUAAAGGCUUUGGGUUUAUUUUCUUUCCCCUACUUUGAUUUGGACAGUCUGUUACUGUUGUCUCAUCCGCACAUUUCAUUAUUUGUCCCUGUAUUUGUUGUCUCGCUCUUCUCCCUCUGGGUGUGUAAUCCGAGUGAUGUCUGUCUGGGGCGCUGCUGUGCAAAGCCCCUGCUGAGUGAUAUAAGUGUGUGCUAUUUAUUCAGGUCCGGGAGGGAGAGAAUGAAGAUUUGAAGACGUGAUUGUAAAAGAAAUGACGGUCAAAGAUGUAUAAUUAAAAAUCUGCAAAAAUUGUA